AUGAUUCCAAUGAAGUUAAACCCUGCAGUAUGUGCAUUAUUCUUCACUUUCCUGGCACUCUAUAUCAUCACUCUGGCAGGAAACCUUCUCAUCAUUCUCCUGACAUUGGCUGACCCUGCCCUCCACACUCCCAUGUAUUUCUUCCUAAGAAACCUGUCUUUUCUGGAGAUCUGCUACACAUCUGUCAACGUUCCUAAGAUGCUGGCAAACCUCCUUUCUGGAAAUAAAUCCAUCUCCUUCAUUGGAUGUGCUCUGCAGACCUACUUUGUAUUCUUCCUUGGGGGGUCAGAAUGUUUCCUCUUGGCCUCAAUGGCCUUCGAUCGAUACAUUGCCAUUUGUAAGCCCUUGCACUAUCCCAUCCUGAUGAGCCGAAAGGUUUAUACUACAUUAGCUGUUGUGUCUUGGUUAAGUGGGUUUCUGAUGUCCUUUGGUCACACCAGCAUGCUGUUUACUCUCUCCUACUGUGGUUCCAAUGUGAUCAACCACUUUGUUUGUGACAUCCCUCCUUUGCUGAAAUUGGCUUGUGGGGACACCUCAAGGGUUGAAAUUGGAGUCUUUGUUGGGGCUAUGAUUUUUGGGACGUUGCCUUUUAUCCUGAUCUUGAUGUCUUACGCUGGCAUUAUUACCACCAUUUUGAAGAUCUCCUCCUCUGAAGGUCGGAAGAAGACCUUCUCCACCUGCUCUUCACACCUCAUUGUGGUGACCUUGUUCUAUGGUUCUGCUUGUAUUACAUAUUUGAAGCCCAAUUCCACUUACUCACCAAACACUGGCAAAUAUCUCUCCCUUUUCUAUACUGUUAUUGGUCCCAUUUUGAACCCUCUCAUAUACAGCUUGAGGAAUAAAGAGGUAAAACGUGCCUUUAAAAGAAUUUAUAUCAGGUUAUUCAUACUAUUUAUAUUAUUUAUUUCAGACUUUCCUAGAAUUGAAAACCUCUGCAUUUCAAGGGGGAAAGGUCCAGGUCAACUCUGGGAUGGGGAAGACAGGUCAGGGUACAUCCAGUUUUUGUUUCACAGUGUUCAAAUCUUCAAGACUCCAUCCGCACUCAAUAAGCAUGAAAUUUCUUCCAGUAGUGUAUACCUCACAGCAGAGGAUGAGAUUUGUCUCAAAUACAAGAUCUAUCCAUCCUAG